CUGACACCUCGCGAGGUUCUUGUUAGUCGUUGUCCGCCCUCUGGCGAUGCCGUCUGAAGUGUGUAAAAUAGCAGCAAGGAAAUCUCUGGGAGUCUAGGAGGAGCUACGGCAAGGUCGAUAUCAGCAUCGUUUUCAGGGCAGCAGAAGGACCAUAAGUGGCUGGGAUCUAGUGCUGUGUCCCCGAGCGAGGGACGAUAAAUUGUGAGUUUUGGGAUUUAUCACCGUGGAAGAAGAAGUAGGAGAGCGACGGAAAGUUUACAAUCUGUAGUCUUGUUCCGACCGUGCUAACAAGCUACCCUCACUACUCCUCCUUUCCUCGCCGCUAUCCUGCGCCUUUUCUAACCAGUCAGAGCAGCGAGUUCAUUUUUCCUGUAAAUAGGAAGACGCUUUGUAACGGGUGGCAACCGGGUUUUUGCUCGCAUCCAUUAUAUUGUGUGGCCGAGUAAAGCGUUUGAUCCACACGCUUUCCACGUUCAUCUCUGUUUGCUGUACCAUGUCAGCACCAUCCUCUGCGUCUUCCGCUCCAGCGGAGAACUCUGCGACGGACCAUGAUUUUCUAGCCCCGGAUGCGGGGCAGAAGCCACCCGGUCCGACGCCCAGUCAAAGCCGUUUCCAAGUGGACCUCGUGGCUGAGGCUGCGGGCGCCGCCGAUGAUAAGACUCCGAGCUCCGACGCCUCUGCCGCUGCCCCAGAUGCUCCGAGUAGCAAUCCAGCUGUCAGCGGAGAGGAAGCUAAAGGCCGGUUUCGGGUGGUGAACUUUGCGGAUCCGACUGGGGUAGGCAGCGUGGACUCUCCGGAGGCAGCGCCGACUGAGGGAAUGCAGAACGGAGACACGGUGAUGAGCGAGACUAGCUUACAUUCGUCGACUGGGGGGCAACAUCACUAUCACUAUGACACGCACACCAAUACCUAUUACUUGAGAACUUUUGGUCACAAUACCAUCGAUGCCGUGCCCAACAUCGAUUUCUACCGGCAGACAGCAGCACCGCUGGGGGAGAAACUCACCAGACCCACCCUGUCGGAGCUGCACGAUGAGCUGGACAAGGAACCCUUUGAGGAUGGCUUUGCCAACGGUGAUGAACUUACACCAGCGGAGGAGGCCGCUGCUAAAGAAGCAGCUGAGUCAAAAGGAGUGGUCAAGUUUGGCUGGAUUAAAGGGGUGCUGGUACGCUGCAUGUUGAACAUUUGGGGUGUAAUGCUCUUCAUUCGCAUGUCCUGGAUUGUGGGCCAGUCUGGAAUUGCUCUUUCCUGUGUGAUCGUCGCCAUGGCUACAGUAGUGACAACCAUCACUGGCCUCUCCACCUCUGCCAUUGCCACCAAUGGAUUUGUAAGGGGAGGUGGAGCAUAUUACCUGAUUUCAAGAAGUCUUGGCCCAGAGUUUGGAGGCUCUAUUGGUCUUAUCUUCGCCUUUGCCAAUGCAGUGGCUGUUGCCAUGUAUGUGGUGGGCUUUGCUGAGACUGUUGUGGAACUUCUGAUUGGUAUGGAUGCCGUCAUGACAGAUGAAGUCAACGAUAUCAGAAUAAUUGGCACCAUUACAAUAAUCAUUCUUCUGGGCAUCUCUGUAGCAGGAAUGGAGUGGGAGGCCAAGGCCCAGAUCUUCUUACUCGUCGUCCUUGUCACAGCCAUCUUCAACUAUUUCAUUGGAAGCUUCAUUCCUAUCAAGUCAAAGGAAGCUAAGGGAUUCUUGGGCUAUGAUGCUUCAAUAAUGUGGGAGAACAUGGGUCCAGACUUCCGAGGAGAGACGUUCUUCUCUGUGUUUGCCAUCUUUUUCCCCGCCGCCACUGGUAUUCUGGCUGGAGCCAACAUUUCAGGAGACCUUGCUGACCCACAGAUGGCCAUCCCCAAAGGGACCCUUCUAGCCAUAUUAAUCACAGGGAUAGUCUACCUGGGUGUUGCUAUUUCAACAGGCUCCUGUAUUUUGAGAGAUGCCAGUGGAAAUGUGAAUGACACAAUCAGUUCUCACCUCAUGGCAAACUGCUCCACUGCUGCCUGCAAAUUUGGCUAUGACUUCUCUACCUGCAAGAAUGAGGAUACCUGCCGCUAUGGACUGCAUAGGGACUUCCAGGUUAUGAGCCUUGUUUCUGGUUUUGGGCCCAUCAUCACUGCUGGCAUCUUCUCUGCCACUCUAUCCUCAGCACUGGCCUCUUUAGUUAGUGCACCUAAAGUUUUUCAGGCUUUGUGUAAGGACAACAUCUAUCCUGGCCUGCAAAUGUUUGCCAAAGGCUACGGCAAGAACAAUGAACCCCUACGAGGAUACAUCCUGACCUUCGGUAUCGGUCUGGCCUUUAUCCUCAUUGCUGAGCUGAACACUAUUGCACCCAUUAUCUCCAACUUUUUCUUGGCAUCAUAUGCCUUGAUCAACUUCUCCGUGUUCCAUGCAUCACUGGCUAACUCACCAGGCUGGAGACCUAGCUUCAAAUACUACAACAUGUGGGUUUCCCUUGCUGGAGCCAUUCUCUGCUGUGGGGUGAUGUUUGUCAUCAACUGGGCAGCUGCCCUUCUUACAAAUGUCAUUGUUAUGGCUCUGUAUAUCUAUGUCAGUCACAAGAAGCCAGAUGUGAACUGGGGCUCAUCAACCCAGGCUUUGACCUACCACCAGGCCCUGACCCACACUCUGCACCUUAGUGGAGUGGAGGACCACAUCAAGAAUUUCAGACCCCAAUGUUUGGUGAUGACUGGUUAUCCCAACUCUCGUCCUGCCCUUCUGGAUCUGGUCCACAGUUUCACCAAGAAUGUAGGCAUGAUGAUCUGCGGCCAUAUUCGCACGGGCUAUAGAAGACCAAACUUCAAAGAGCUUGCCACAGAUCAGGCACGCUACCAACGCUGGCUGCUGAAGAACGAGACCAAAGCCUUCUACACGCCAGUGUUUGCUGAGGACCUAAAACAAGGCUGUCAGUACUUGCUUCAGGCUGCUGGUCUUGGCCGCCUCAAGCCAAACACCCUUGUUCUGGGCUUCAAGAAUGACUGGAGGGAUGGGGACAUGAUGAAUGUGGAGACUUACAUCAGCAUGAUCCACUUAGUAUAUUGUUAUGUAUAUUUCUAAUUCCCCCUUCCGUUUAAUUUUCUGCCAGAUGAGUCGCUGUCCUCGCAGGAAAAGCCAUCAGGGAUGAAAGACGUGAUCGUUUCCAUAGACACCAGCAAAGACUCUGAUGCAGAUUCCUCUAAGCCAUCCUCUAAGGCCACCAGCCUCCAGAACAGCCCAGCAGUCCAGAAAGACAAGAAGAGCCCGACAGUAACUCUGAAUGUGUCCGACCAGAGGCUGCUAGAGGCCAGCCAACAGUUCCAGAAGAAACAGGGGAAGGGCACAGUGGAUGUCUGGUGGCUGUUUGAUGAUGGAGGUCUGACUCUGCUGAUCCCCUACCUUCUUACCAAUAAGAAGCGGUGGAAGGAAUGUAAGAUCCGUGUUUUCAUUGGAGGCAAGAUCAACAGGAUUGAUCACGACCGCAGAGCGAUGGCUACUCUGCUGAGCAAGUUCAGGAUAGACUUUUCGGACAUUACUGUCCUUGGAGACAUCAACACCAAGCCCAAGAAGGAGCACAUGGCAGCCUUCGAGGAGAUGAUUGAGCCUUAUCGGCUGAAAGAAGAUGAUAUGGAGCAGGAGGCAGCUGAGAGGCUGAAGAACAGCGAACCAUGGAGGAUCACUGACAACGAGCUGGAGCUAUAUCGUGCCAAGACCCAUCGGCAGAUCAGACUCAACGAGCUGCUGAAGGAACACUCAAGCACAGCCAACCUCAUUGUUAUAAGCCUCCCAUUAGCCAGGAAGGGUGCUGUGUCCAGUGCUCUCUACAUGGCCUGGCUGGAGGCAUUGUCCAAGGAUCUGCCUCCCAUCCUUCUGGUGCGUGGCAACCACCAGAGUGUCCUCACCUUCUACUCUUAAAGGGGAAAAGCCGGUGAUUUAAGUCACAGCUAAAGUCUAAAGGUCCACCACAUACACUCCUGAGAUAGCAGAAUACAAGCCAGUGAUGGAAACAGUGCUGAGUAAUAUGAAUCCAAUGAAAGUGCUAUUUUUUUGUGUAAAAGUGCUACGUGUUUUGUGAUGGAGGAAUUUUAUGUUGGGGUGGGUGCUGGUUGUAAAGUUGCCCACUCUUUUUCCUUUCUUUCUUUUUAUUCCAAGAUGUCUGGGUUAUUCUCUCGUUGCUCUAGUUCCUUCUGAUUUCCUCAUUAAAGUGUCAUUUUUGUUCAAGUUGAUUUCUCUCAGGCUCUCUAAAGCAGGCAUGCACAAUAUAGAUGUGUUCAUGAUGUGGAAUAUAUUGAUGUCAUACAUUUUAAGUUUAUCAGACCAGAUGUUGUUUGCUCCAGCAAUAAUCACCCUGUUAUGUUUUUUUUCCAAGUUGGGGAAAAUGCUUUGCAACACCUUCUAAAGCCUUAUGGAUGUGCCUUCCAGUCGAAUCGGAUGAAACGGAAUUAGAAUCUCUAUUCAGAUUGACAAUUUUAACAGAAUUUCCUUCUUAGCUGUGCAGGUGGAUUUAAAGUAGAAUUUUAUAAAGGGUGUCAAUUUGAACACUCUUACAGUUUUGACCUUAAUCACCAAUAUUUAUUUGGGGCUUUGAUUUUUAUAUUUUUCACUUUUGAGUCUUCCUUUGUAGAAGUUGCUGAAUACUCAUCACAACAAGAUCCUUGAUCUUUUAGACACAGUUUGUAGGGGAGGGGUGCAUGUGGGCAUAGACUUAAAGUCUCUGUCAGAAAAAAUGUGAGGCUGGGUUUUUCUUUAGCCUUUUCAGGUGGAUAAAAUCUCUCCCUAGUAGCUGCCGAUUACCAGCUUUCUUUGGUUCUGUGGCCACAUGUAUUGUUGUUUCGCUGUAAAGAAACUCUUCUACCCUUCAAGACGCUAGUCCAAACCUUGCCUUAAUGCUAGAACUAUACUAUACUGUCACGAUUGUCAUAAGUUCUCGCUCCCUCUUAAGCCAUGUUGGCUGAAGGGUUUGUGUGUAAAUGCAGAUAUUCAUCCAUUAUUAAGUCUCAGCGCAUAUGCAUCUUAAUCUGCAUUAGUCAUUUAGCCUCACUUCAUUUAGUGUGCACUUGUGGCACAUCCUUGUCUUUUAGCUUAAUUAUUACUAUUGAUUUUAGGGGUGACGUGGCAUCACAAAAAAAAGCCAUACAUAGACAUUUUCCAGUUGUAGUGUACUGUAGAGGUCACAUGUAUCCCCUGUUCUACUGUGACUGUAGAGAAUAUUGAUUAACUAGCUUCAGUAUGCAAUAGUACAGCUGUUACUUUGGGGAGUGGUCACAGGUGUCGUCACAGAGAAAAAUAACCCUGAGCCUAAAAUCAAUUCAUAAAACUCAUUGCAUUUGAGUUUUGUGGGGAAAAUGGACAGUAAAGUGAAAGUAACCCGUUAGCUUUUGUUAAGAUUGCAAAUGUUGUUAUUAAAACAGCUGAGCGUAAACGGGUUGGUUGGAGUGGUUCUAGCAUAGAUGAUUAUUUUAAGUGCAUUGCCCUAAAAUUAGUCAUGAUAUUUUGAAGCCUCUGCAUUGUGUUGUUAAAUACAGCAGAGAUGCACAAGUCAUUGUGGGUGGUCUCGUUAUUUUGAAUUAAACGGCAUGGACUUUGGCUCAUUAUGAUUAUGGGUGAGAAACUACUAUGAAGCAAAUGAAACUUUACUAUAUGCAAUUUAAAAGAAGAAUGUGAGAGUGCUUAGGUUAGUUGAAUGUACACUACACUAGUAGUACCUUUUGGUUUCCAUUGUCAUAUGUAUCAUAUGUUUCCUGCAUAUACUGCAGUUAGCACAAUAGUGUUCUGUCUGUCGGCUUCAUUGUGCUAUUAGCGUUCAUGCAGCACCAUUGCCCACCACUCUGUUGUUCACAUGGAUUAUCACUACAUUAAUAAUCCAUGUGUGUAAUGUUUGCAGGGACUGUUGAUAGGAUUCAGUACAAACAUAUUAUCUAGAUCUAUACUCUUACUCACCAGAGUGCUAAAUGUAGCCGGAAUAAGUUUUAGUUAUGUUGAAAGUGUGGGCUUGGAAAGCACUGUUAGAUCAUUUGGAAGGCAGUCCUACAUUGUAACAGCCUCAAAUACCAAAAUUCGUCCACACCACAGCUGGUGUUCAUUCUAAUCCAGCUGACACUGCUUUUCAAAAUAAAAGACAAAAUGUAUCUAAAAUUUGGUGUUCCUGCAGCUGAGUGCAUCCCUGUGCACUGUAACUUAAACAGUGAAACUAAGUUAUGCUUAACUCAAACUAUGAAGUAUGACUGAAUAUUUCUGUAUUAGAGCAAAUGUAAAUGAAUUUCUUGAAGACUAACUGCUAAGCAAUACAAUUAGUGAAACAAACUGCAGUUUUUGUUUUGUUUUGGUCUUUUUUUUUUUUGUUUGUUUUUUGCUGUGCAUUUUGGGCAAUAUAAAUCUGAGAUUAUCAAUGUGGGCUGAGAUGGGGAUUUGGGGGCACUAUUGUGUACUAUAACAAAAUAAAGGAGUGUAUCUUUCAGA